AGCAGAUCGGCCCAUGAAAACUUCUGUAUUGAGACAAAGGAAAGGAUCUGUCAGAAAGCAACAUCGGUUAUCCUGGGCUUGGCAGCAAGGAAGAGGACAGGUAGUGGAAAUCCUGCAAUCUGAAAAGCAGACUGAAAGGUGACAAAGAAGCUGAAGAUGGGUGGCGGAGAGAGGUAUAACAUUCCAGCCCCUCAAUCUCGAAAUGUUAGUAAGAACCAACAACAGCUUAACAGACAGAAGACCAAGGAUCAGAAUUCUCAGAUGAAGAUUGUUCAUAAGAAAAAGGAAAGAGGACAUACUUACAAUUCAUCAGCAGCUGCAUGGCAAGCCAUGCAAAAUGGGGGAAAGAACAAAAGUUUUCCAAAUAGUCAAAACUGGAACUCUAGCUUAUCAAGUCCCACCUUACUUUUUAAGUCUCAAACUAAUCAAAACUAUGCUGGAGCCAAAUUUAGUGAGCCACCAUCACCAAGUGUUCUUCCUAAACCACCAAGCCACUGGGUUCCUGUUUCCUUUAAUCCUUCUGAUAAAGAAAUAAUGACAUUUCAACUUAAAACCUUACUCAAAGUACAAGUAUAAAAUAAGAAAGUACUAAUGUUUAAAUUUAGUCAUAUUUAAGGAUAAUUGGCAAUUGUUUCAGACCAAAUUCACUUGGGAAUUUCUCUGUAAAACUACUAAUUAAUGUAGAAAAUUACACUCCACCUUUAUGUGUUAUGUGCACUAUGAUGUAACAGAAUCACUGCAACUUAAAAUAACUGAAUUACUGAUAAUUGUUCUUGGUAUCAAUACUAAGUGUUCUGAAUUGAGUAACCAAGUGAAACCAUUCAAGUUUAGAUUUGGAGAAUGGUAAAGGAAUCAACUUUUUCUAUUGCUUGUUGGGGAAAAAUACUAAUUUAAUAUUAUUCAUGGAUCAGUAUAUUUAGUUGUUGAAAGCUGGUGAAUCUGAUAAGCAUCCAGUUAAGACAUAACUAGGGUUGAAAACUAGUUGAAUAUUUGAAAGUUUAGAAACACCCAAACCAGUAAUAUGCUAACAACCUGAUGCACUGCUAAGAGAAAAUGUGAAUUUUCUUUAGAGAAUAGUCGUGGUUUAGUGAACUGUAUGGUGAAUGUGGAAAGAGCACUAGGGGCUAUUUAGAAUGAGAGUAUAUCCCCUUGGCCCCAUUUCUGACAUGCAGCGGGAUAGGUGUCUGCCAACAAAUGCACCGAAACUAUUUUUUUAUAGAAACAGUAUUUGGUGUUCACCGAGUAGCUUUCAAAAUACAUUUUUGUAUUAAGGCACUGCACAAGCUAUUCUGACAGUGAUGUGGCUUCAGAUCCCUGCAAAAGCGUGUUUAAAGUGGGGAGCUGUAUAAUGUGAAAGUUUUAAGUACCUAGGAAAGAGCUAUGUAAAUAUAUGUAAUAAACUUGUAGCAUAUGUAAAGUUUUGUUGGCAUUUAUCCUACAAAAAUAGAGUAUUUUAGUAUGAAUUUGCUGAAUAUAAGACACUCUUUUUAUACUAUGGCCUAAUUUUAAAGGUCCAAAAUAACUUGCUUUUAAAGUUUGCCCUUGUGCUAAAGUGCCAGUGUAUGUAUGUUAUAAUUGAUCUUGCUGUAAACUAUAUUUCAAAGCAAAUCCUAGUGUAAAGUUUUAUAUAACCGAAAAGGUUUUAAGCUGCUAAAACAUUUCCUAUUGUUGAGAGAUGUGAAAUGCAGUAUGAGAUUACUAUUUUUUUUUCUUAAGCUCAAAGGUCAACUAUUAAGAGGGUUCUCCAACCUUAAGAGAUUCAUUUUGGCUUUCAACAAUUUGUGUAACCUGUGAGUACAGUGUACAAUGACCGUACCGUGAUUUUUUCGUAAGGGAUGCAACCCAGGGGACCACUUGUUGCAAAAGAUGUAAUUUCUUGCAUAGUACCUUGAUAACAUGCUUUGCCUACCUUAAAGAUAAAUGCUAAUUAUAACAGCUAACCGAAUAGUAAAUUAAAAGUGUGUGUGGGGGGAAUCUGUUUAAAAUUUGAAUGUAGGUCGGUCCCUAUUACAUAAUUUGGCAACUUUUUCUUUUUUUUUUUGUAUUUUUAAGCAGAAUGGCUAAGUUGUGUUUCUCCAAAUAAAUUCAGGUGAGAUAAAACGUCCCAAAUCCUAAAGUUUAUAUAGUACUUAAUGUACAUAUAUGAAUUUGAAGUGUGAAAUUAAAAAAUAAAAUUGCUUUUUCCCCA